CCGAAUCGAUGAUCCGAUCCAAGUCAUGGACUACGUAGAACAGCCAAAUAGCAAUCUGAUCUGUUGUAUCUGCCAUGCCCCGUUCACAAAUCCUACGAGUGCUCGGACAUGCUUGCAUACAUUCUGUCACGAUUGCAUAACAACAGCCGUACAACACUCCCCACAAUGUCCCAUCGACCGCUCUUCGCUUUCACUCGACGAUUUAUCGCCGGCCAAUCCCAUCGUUAAACACCUCGUAGACGAACUCAUCAUCGAAUGCCCCAACCGAGUCUCCGGAUGUACUCAGACAUUCCAGAGGCAAUUAUUGUCCGCUCAUAUCAAGGACGCCUGCCAAUACGUCGAGAUCCCUUGUUCGGAAGAGCAAUGCGACAAGUUGAUCCUUCGAAAGGACCUCGGUAAGCACAAAGACGCUUGCGUCUACCGUUCCACGCAGUGCGAUGGGUGUGGUGUUACUGUCAAGUACAGCGAUCUUAGCAUUCACAAUUCGGAGUGUCCUUCCAAGUCUGCGACGUGCAGUUUUUGCUUCGAGGAGUUCCCGAGAUCACAGUCCCAAGCACACGCUGGCUCGUGUCUAGACUAUGAAAUUCCAUGCACGCAGGCUAACAACGGCUGUUCCUGGUUUGGCCCCCGGCGUCGACUCUCAGAUGAUCACGCUCUGUCCUGUCCAUACGAAGCCAUCAAAGGAUUCUUCUCCAUCAACAACACUCAAAUCUCAUCCCUAAAUUCCGAAAACGCCGCUCUCAAACAAAAAAUCUACUCACUCGAAUCUAUCAUCCAAACAAUGCGAAGAGAAAUCCAAACAUUCAGAACCGUCCUCGGCCCAUGGUACCGAUCAAACACCCAAGACCAAGACCAAAGCCCCCCAAACCAAAUCACUCACCCAUCAAUCAACACCUUCGAUCACCCCUUCUCGGCUUCCCCCGGUCCUUCCUUCAGACCACCCAAUCAAGCCCAACAACCUUUUUCCGCAGAUCACGGAGACUUCAUCUUUCCCGCGGCCAAUACCAAUACCAAUACCAAUACCGAAGUCGACGCGCUUGCACCCUACUUCCCACUCGAGCACCCAUUCCCAGAAUCCCAGAAUCACCGAUCACGCCGAUCGAUUAGUGGGAUCGCAGAUCCACACAUGUCGCAACGAACACUGCCAUUAACGCCCGUCGCUCCUCUAAAUCUCAGUACCUCCCUCGAAGGUUCCCUGAGCGGCUUACGCGACUCCGUAGCCGCUGUAAGCGCAUCCGUCGAUUCGCUAGCGCGCCGAAACGACAUCGCGCUUACGAACGAGAGUAUACGUCUUAAUGAAGAACUCGGUUCCCUCAAAUACGCCGUUCACGGCAUACGACUCCAACUUCAUCGUUUGAUGAUGGAUAGGAAUGCGCAGGUAACGGGGAGAGGAGGGGAGCCGUCUUUGAAUUUAAGUUUAGCUUUACCUGGUCAGACGAUCUUUCACCCUCCGAUGAUACCUCCGUUUCCUGGGACGCCUGGAACGAAGCUCUGAGUCAUGUUGUUCAUGUCUGGGUUUUCUGUUAGAUCUCUUUCGUUAUCGUAAUGUAUCGAUCAUCUAUGGGUUUCGUCCGAUAGGUUGCAGGAUAAACUGAUCAUCAGCGUUCUUUUGAAUUGGGGUACAGUCUCAAGUGAAAUACCACCAGUCUACAUAAUACAUAUGUUCUUCGUAAUCGGGGUACCCUCUCAUGUCAAAUUCAGUCUUCCUUCUGAGCUUCUCCCUAAUCGCGAUCCCCAACCACACACACACCCUACAUAAGCUAUACACGCGUGACCCUGUCGAUCCCUCAAACAAUGCACCAAAACGAAUCUCGACCCCGAGCAAAAUCUCAC